UUGGUGGUUCCGUUUGCUACUCCGCAAAGGAGGCCCGCCGCGCCCCGGCCCCCCUUGGUGUAUUAGUUUUCUUCUAUCGCCGCCUGGGUGGUGUAUCGCGGUGCAUCGAACUGCGCGCAGCUCCCUCGCGUCGCGCGGCCGGGCCCGGGAGCUUCGUUUGCUUUGGGUGCGACUGGUCUGGCGCCUGUUGCCAGCCAUGUCAAUCUCGCUCCCUGGGUGCCUGAGUGCGUGCGCGCUACUUUGUCGCGCAGCAGCCUUUGCAGCUUUGGCCGUUCAUCUGUCUAACCAAAGGAGGGCGCAGGCGGAGGCGCGUGUCGUGCGCGAUGAUAAUUCUUCUCCGUAAGUUCUUGACUGCAGCACCUCUACGAAGC